UUAAAAGGCAGUGUUGGUGUGAGAGGUGGCGGUAAUGGUAGUGUAAACGACACAUUCUGCGUCCGUGGCUGAAGUGAACAACGACCUAAAAUUUAACAUCACGUCAUUAUGAACUCUGAUGACCUAAGUCUGUCUAGUCUCUCAAAUGAUGAGAUAAAACCAGAGGAUCAAGAGAGAUCCAGAUCCAAAGAACACCGUCACAAGCACAAGAAGAAGCAUAAGCGUCAUUCUCACAAGCAUAAGCACCGUCAUAAAUCUUCCUCCAGAAAAGAGAGGAAACACAAAAAACACCGCUCUAAACAUAGGCACAAAGGGUCUGAAAGUGAGAGUGGAGAAUCGGAUGAUGUGGAAGAAGUGCAACUUAUUGAUGAGCUUCUGGAGUCAGGGCUUGAAGCUAUUGUCCCCAAUCAUGACCAGCCACGUGAGCGGGGGAGGGAUGUGGAGAUUAUGCGAACGUCUGCUGGUAAUGGUAUGGUGGAGUCUAUGAAAAUUGUCGUCAAUAAUCACAAUGGUAGCAGAAACCAGCCUGUGACAGUGUCUAGCAGUGAUGAGCUUGUUAGUGAUGACAACUCGAGAGAAGCUGCUCGUAAGGCUGAAGAAUUUUCCUUAGACUCCUCAGACUUCCUCCACAUAGAUGAGGAUCUUAAUCUGGAAGAACUCAUGAAACAGAAGGCAGCACUGCAGGCAUGUCUGGGAGCUUACAUGAGUGAUGUCGAAGAUGAAGAAGAGCCUCAGGAGCCAAAGCCAAAGCCUGUGGUGGUUAAGAAGCCUGAAAAUGAAGUUGUAACCAUUGAAGAUUCUGAUGAUGCUGAGCCCAAGAAGAAGGAGCGAAGGAGAGAAAGGGAAUCUAGGCCAAAGAAACGGAAGAGAAGCAGAUCAAGAAGUGAAGCAGAGGAAAAGGAGAAGAGAUCACGCAGAGACAAAGAACGAAGAGAAAAGGAGAGACGGGAUGAUGGAUCAAAUCGCCGGGAUUAUAGGAGGGAUCGUGAUAAAUCUUCUUCAGCCCUUGAGAGGUCCAGAUCUAAAGCUGAGGAACGGGAACGUAUGGAACGCAGCCGUGAGAGGAGCCGUGAAAGAAAAGAAAAAGAAAGAAUUAUGAGAGAAAAGAUGAUGCAAGAGCAAGAACAGAGAGAGCGUGAAUUUAAGGAAAGGGAAGAGCGCCGGAAGAGAGAGUGGGAGAAAAGGAUGGAAGAACGGAAAGAGAGGGAGAGGUUACGCGAAGAGCGGUUAAGGGAGCGAGGAGACAGUAGAGACAAAGACAGAGACCGGCGCAGAGAUGACAACUUCAGAGAUAGAGACAGAGACAGGGAUAGGGACAGGAGACAAGAGGCUGACUAUUGCCGCAGCCGAGAAAUGGAUCGUGAACGGGAGAGACAAAAAGAAAUUAUAUUUGGUAAAGCCAAAGAAUCCUCUUCUGACUCUGAACAAGGAGACAUUGACUUUGAUGAAGAUGAAGAGGAGGAGGAGCAGAAGAUUGAACGAAUGAGGAAACAGCGAGAGGAGUUGUAUAAGAAAUUGGGUCUAGAGCGUGACUCGUCACAAGUGACUCCUGCCAGUAGUGAGAUCCCAUCCAUCAGCAACACUCCCAGAGAUUCUCCGGUUCCUACAUCAAGACCGCCGUCACAAAUGAAAUCAGAGGAGCCACCAGCAUCCCCUGCAAAAUCAAGAUCGAGGUCUGGUUCUCCACAGUCUCGUGCCUCCAGUAGUGCCAGCAGCACCAGGAGAAGGAGUAGGAGCAGUAGCAGGAGAAGCAAGAGUGGUAGCACUAGUAGGAACAGUAGUAAGAGUAGAAGUAGUGAAGAUAAGGAAAAUCAAACCACAAAACCAGCUGAUGAUAAAAGUGAAAAGACAGAAUUAGAAACAGAUACCAAGGAAGAUGAAGAUGACGGUAUUCCAGAAAAGGAAAAGAGAAAUAAGGACAUGUUUUCUGAUAUGUUUGGUGACAAUUUUGCAGUGGACAAACUAGAUAUUCACUCCGGGGCUGCUGAGAACCCCAACCUCACAGACAACUGGGAUGAUGCAGAGGGCUAUUACCGUGUUCGUAUUGGAGAAGUACUUGACUCGAGAUACACUGUGUUUGGGUACACAGGCCAGGGAGUAUUCAGUAAUGUUGUACGUGGUAGAGAUGCAGCCAGAGCCGGACAAGAUGUUGCAAUCAAGAUCAUUAGGAACAACGAAGUUAUGCACAAGACAGGCAAGAAGGAAUUAAAUAUAUUGAAAACUUUAAAUGAUGCUGACCCAGAUGACAAAUACCAUUGUUUGCGCCUUUUCCGACACUUUUUCCACAAGAAUCAUCUGUGUAUGGUGUUUGAACCAUUGUCUAUGUCACUCAGAGAGGUACUCAAAAAAUAUGGUAAAGAUGUGGGUCUGCAUGUAAAAGCAGUACGUUCUUAUACACAUCAGUUGUUUUGUGCACUUAAGUUACUUCGCAAGUGCAAUAUCCUCCACGCAGAUGUUAAACCUGACAACAUUCUGGUAAAUGAGAAGAAACUUGUACUGAAACUUUGUGAUUUCGGCUCAGCAUCAAAAGUAACCGAGAAUGAAAUAACUCCAUACUUGGUUGCAAGAUUCUACAGAGCUCCAGAGAUUAUUUUGGGGAUGACUUACGACUUUGGCAUUGAUCUUUGGUCGGCAGCAUGCACCAUUUAUGAACUCUACACAGGAAAAAUCAUGUUCCCUGGAAAGACUAAUAACCAGAUGCUAAAACUCUUCAUGGAUUUGAAAGGAAAAAUGCCAAAUAAGGUGAUCAGGAAAGGAGCUUUCAAAGAUCAGCACUUCGAUGCAGCUUGUAACUUUCUUUACAGAGAUGUUGAUAGAGUCACAGAAAGGGAGAAGGUUGUGGUAAUGCCUACAAUUAACCCUACAAGGAACCUACAACAUGAAUUACUUGGGGAAGGCAACCUACCAGAAGAUCAUGCCAGGAAGGUGGCUCAGCUGAAGGACCUGAUGGAAAGGUGCCUCAUGCUGGACCCAGUUAAGAGAGCCACAAUAGACAAUUGCUUAAUGCACCAAUUUAUUAGGGAGAAAAUGUGAAUUUCGGGUGAUGAAAGAUUAUGGUUGUGAUGUGAAGUUUGGCUGAAUUUGAAACUCAUUGACUUGCUCAUAUUAGUUUACACAAUACCUAAAGAAGACUCUUUUUAAUUAUGAAUACUGUAUGUGGAGCUUCAUAAAUUGUAUUAUGAAUAAUAUUGUAUUCUUUAGGAUGUACAACAAUCAAAUUAGGUUUACUACAAAGAUUUUUUGUUGACAUCACUGAUAAUUAAGGUAAACAAAAAUUUCUGACUUUAAUUACUUCACUUGUUGAAGAUUGUAAAACACGUGAUAUUUCUUAUAAUUGUCCUCAUUCAACCCAGAUAAUGUAAUAAGUCCUUACUGUUGCAGAUGCAGAAAGUUAAGGUAAGCCUUUUCAGAUUAUGGAAUUGUGUGUUGGAAAUGUGUGCGUGAACCUUAGAACCUUAUUCAGGUAAAACUUACAAUAAGUAGGAAGUGGAUUUUUCAAAUCACCUUUCUCUUACACAUCAAAGAUAAUUGAUUCACAUCAUUUUCAUUGAAGAAAGUUGGUCUUGAAACAUUCUUAAAUGUGGGUAAAAGUAGAAUUGUUUUAAAAAGUUUGCUUGUGUAUGGUAUGGAUUAUGUUGUUUUAUGUAGAAUGUAAUUUGUAAUACAACUAAAACAUGUUAUUAUUACAGAGUAAAAAGUGAAACAUUUGAUGUGUGUGUAUGCUUGGACAUUUUGGGUGAGCCAGUUAAUGUCUUUGAUUUUAUUUUUAUGCAUCUUGAAGGGUUAGUUUAUGGUCAAACUUCAGUUUAAUUUGUCAAUACAAGGGUCUGCAUUUCAUAUUGUAUUUAAAAGAGAGUAAAUGAAGUAUUUUUUUUUUAGUUAGAAUAAUAAUUUUAAUACGUAUUUGUGUUAUACACUUUUGAGGACUGCAUUUUGCUGUAAUUUGAGACAAGGGGAUAACUAAUAAUAAAACCUAAAAUUGUAUUAAAGAUUUUGUUUAUUUUUAUUUUUUGUUUUUUAAAAAACAAAUUAUGCAUUGUUUUUUAUAUAACUAUAUGCAAUGAAAAGGCAUAUAUUGCUUAUUUGUGUAAAAUAAAGACAAAAUAUAUGCACUAUAUACA